AUGAAGGCCUUUGUCUCUGACCCAGAGGCUAUGCCAGAAUCCUCGACACUGGCCAGCCAGCUUGUUACUGGACCAACGCCGGGGUCUGACCGGUGCCCCGCUCGCCGACACGCGGUCCCCGCGCACCCGCAACGCCCGCUCGGCCUGAGGACAGACGCCACAGAAGCAGAGCUGCCGCUGCGGGGCUUCGGCACAGCGGCGGGCGCCGCGCACCCGGGGAGCGCGAGGCGGCCAGCGCACGGUCUCCGGUCGACCGGCAGAGGGACGGCGGACCCGAGUUGGACCUGCCCGGACCCCGGACGGCCACCGCGGGGCCGCCGUCCGCCCCGGCGUCCACCCCCCGAGACACCGCCCGCCCGGCGCCGCGGCCGGGUCACCGCAGGGCGGCCGCCGGGACCAGCCGCUGCCCGCACCCCAGGGCGGCACUGCGACUCCGGCGGGACUCUUGAGGCGCGACCGCGGUGGCCGGUGGCCCGCAGCCCGCCGGGCGCCGCGCGCUGCCCCCGUCGCUCCGCCGCUCCCGCCUCGGCCGCGACCGCCGGCGCCGAGGCCCGGGCCCGCCUCGACCCGGCGCGCAAGCGUCGGCCCCGGCCGAGCCCCGAACGGCGGGGCGGGACCCACGGGUGGGUCCCGGCGCCCAACCCGCGGCGCGAACCGACGGCCGCGACCCGCUCCCACCUGCUCGGCGGCCCCCGGCGUCCGCCAGCCGCCACCCGCGCCGCUCCCAGAGGUGCGCUCGGCCCUCGCACGCCCCGCCCCCAGGCCGCCCGGCCCCGCCCCGGCCGGCGGCGCGCGCGCCACGCACGCGCGUCACUUCCGGCGACGCCGCAGGGCUGGGCCGGACGCGGCGCGGGUCCUCUGCGGUGCCCAACGGUCCUCGGCGCUGGGACGCGCGGCCACUCUGCAGCCCGCGUGCCGCCCGGGUGCGGAGAGGCCAGGCGUCCCGCGAGCCCCUCGGCGCCCGCGCGUCGGGCCGAGCACCUGCCGGGUCCGCCCCACGCCCUGCGACGCGCCGGGUCGGGAGGCAAGGCUUCAAGAAACCGCUAACAGCCUGGGCUCCAUACUAAACUCACAUGGGUCUCACGAAGUUGCUGAGGUUGACCUUCAACUUGUGACCCUCCUGCCUCGGCGUCCGGAGUCCUGGGAUCACAGGUGUGCACUGCCACACCGGUAGAAGUAGCUUUUAAAAGUCUGGGAACAUGCUUGUGACUGAGCGCUACCGGAUCCUUGGAGCGGAGGGCGGCGCUGUGCGCCCGGGCGGACAACCAGGUGCGGACUGCGGCGAGGCCCGGUGCCCCCGCUGAGCUCGGCGUCCGCAGGAGGCCCGCAGGCACUCAGCGGGGCAGGGUGGCGUGCAGGCCCACAGCAAGCACCGGCGAUGGGCCAGGACCUCACCUGAGGUUCUCCGGGGAGAACGCGUCCAGCCUCCACGCAGCUCCAGAGCGGGUGGACGGCCACGUUCUGCAGCACAGACGCGGACUGCGGGGCCCCUGACUGCGGGGCACAACGCUAACACACGGUGUCCUGGUCCUGCCUGGACCCGGUGGUACUUCAUUUGCCUUGAUCACAGGACAGGCAAUGCUGAGAGACACCUGUGUGUACCUGGGGUCUUAGGUGGAUUUCUGUCACUCAGUCACCAGGGGAUGAUGAAUGAGUCUGCCUGGCCAGUUUCCCUGUAUGGGAGUACCAAGCUGCACACCUCCUGUUUACACCAUGCUUCUUUCUUCUAAUUCUUUUCUUAAACAUUUUCAGUUGUAGAUGGGCACUAUUUUAUUUAUUUAUCUACAUGCGGCGCCGAGGCUAGGUAAGUGCUCCACGCUGGGCCCACCCCCAUGAGUCCUCUCUUCAAACCAUCGUGGGGCUCCCCGUCCCUGCAGGUCAAGCCUCUGGCUCAGGCCGUUCCCAGCAGGGGACCCAGGUGUGAAGGCCCCUUGAAAGGACAGCACAGCACAGACUCACUGGUAAUAAGCACCGUGAAGGAAAUGAGAGGGCAGCAGCGGCACGGCUGCUGAGUGUGUGGCUCAGCUGAGGAGGGCGGCUGCAGCAGGUCAACCAGAGACCCGA